UGUUUUCACAUUCUUGAACUGAAUUCCUUAUUAACUGUGAGUGAUAAACACAUUUACAUUAUAAAAGGCGUUGUUUCAGACAACUUUUUCUGCACUCCUCGUCCUUUUCCUUUCAACAGAGUAAGGAUCGAAACCCAAGAAAAUGGGUUUUGUGUUACCGACUCUGUUUUUUACUCUGUUUCUAGUGUUUUCUUCUCACCAAACAAAAGCUGAGGAAUUUAAGUUCAACAAAACAACAAGUAGUAAUGAGAGAAAAGUCGCAGGAAGAUGUAACUGGUUUCGUGGCAAAUGGGUGUAUGAUCCUUCAUAUCCUCUCUAUGAUCCUUCUUCUUGUCCCUUCAUAGAUCCACAGUUCAACUGUCAAAAGUACGGUCGACCUGAUACUCAGUAUCAGAAAUAUAGAUGGCAACCACUCUCUUGUUCUUUACCAAGGUUUAGUGCAUUGGAUUUUCUUGCAAAAUAUAGAGGAAAGAAGAUUAUGUUUGUUGGUGAUUCUUUGAGCUUAAACCAGUUUAAUUCACUAGCAUGUAUGAUUCACUCUUGGGUACCCAAAACAAGAACUUCAUUCUCGAAGCAAAAUGCUAUCUCCACAAUAACAUUCCAGGAUUAUGGUCUCCAAUUAUUUCUAUACCGCACACCAUAUUUGGUAGACCUUGACCGUGAGAACGUUGGGAGAGUUCUAAAGUUGGACUCAAUAAAGAGUGGUGAUGCAUGGAGAGGGAUGGAUGUGUUGGUUUUCAACACGUGGCAUUGGUGGACCCACACCGGGAAUGCACAACCGUGGGAUUAUAUUGAAGAGGGUAACAAAUUGUACAAAGACAUGAACCGUUUCAUUGCAUUCUAUAAAGGUUUGACAACUUGGGCUAGAUGGGUUAACAUCAAUGUAAAUCCAACCCAAACCAAGGUCUUCUUUUUAGGAAUUUCACCCGUGCAUUACGAGGGGAGAGAUUGGAACCAACCAGCAAAAUCAUGCAUGAGUGAGACACAACCAUUCUUUGGUUUAAAGUACCCAGGAGGUACACCAAUGGCUUGGGUUGUGGUGAAUAAAGUGUUGAGCAGGUUAAAGAAGCCAGUGUUUUUUCUAGAUGUCACAACACUCUCACAAUACAGAAAAGAUGCACACCCUGAAGGUUAUAGUGGUGUUAUGUCAACUGAUUGUAGUCAUUGGUGUCUUCCAGGACUUCCUGAUACUUGGAAUGUGCUUCUUCAUGCUUCUCUUUUUGCUUCAAAUUGAUUCAAUAUCUUCUUAAUUGUAAACUAUAUUAUAUGUUUCUUACUCCUUUUCAUCUUAAAUAUAGCAGAAAAGUUGAUCAACUAAAGCUGAUGUAUUUUUACAUCAAUUUUUUUGACAAAAUUUUCUCUUGUAUUUAUGAUGGGAGGAAGUAUUAGGAGGAAAACACAUUGUUUUUCUACCAUAGGAAUUUAUUUAAUUUGGCAUUUUGAGUUGUUGAAAUUGGACAAUAAAAGGGGUGAUGCUCCUUAUUGUAAAUUUAUUUUUCAUAUUAUUUUGGCAGAAACCUGCCUUGAUUGUACCAAAUACACUCUUUGGAAUAUAUUGAAAUUAAAGUACUUUGCAAA